UAUCGUUCAUGGCAGGUGCUACCUAAACCGGACUGGUGUAGCUGAUCGCCUAGAUGUAGCAAUUCGUGUACAUAAAUUGAUGUUUAUGCAUGCGAAUUGUGCUUAAAAUUAUGGCAACAAAUUGUUCAGUUAAAAAUAGAAUCGUUUUGAUAACAUUUCACUCCAUUUCAGCAUCAGGCAAAGAAGAUAAAGUUGUACAGUAGAAAGGCGGCAAGGUAGCUCGAGGGUCAAGGUGUUGUUAGCUGUCUGCUAGCCACCUGGAGUGACGCUAGUCGGUGGGGACAAGGUGCUAGCUAGCUGCAGAUUUACCAAAGGCUGGAUGUGGUUGUUUUAGCUACUUUUAAGUUCACGUUAGUAAGUAUCGUAAUUCGAUAAGCAACUUCGCACCGAAUCUGGAAAAGAAGACAUCAUCUAUCUUUGUGGAAAUAUUACCGGUUUCGGACUUUUCCAGACUGCCGUUAGAUCCAUCAUUGUCUUCUGGGACUCCACAGACAUGCUGAUACUGUGCAGACGGACCUCAUGAUGGCCGACCUGGACGAGGGUGAACACUCACACCUCCAGCCCUUCCCCUCCCCAGCAGCGGGACCCCCGAAUCCCUGGUCCUGAAGGCCCCCGUUACCCAGCCCCUGACUCCGACCUUGACCCCGACCCUGUGGAAAUGGCUGACAAGAAGGAGCCGCCCUUCUUCAACGAGGACAACGUGGGUCCCUUCCGCUUCUCUCUGCCGAGCUACGAGACCAUGGAGCUGCUCAUCGAGACGCUCACGGGCACCUGCUUCCAGCUCCGCGUCUCGCCCUUCCAGACGCUCGUCUCCGUCAAGGCCAAGAUCCAGAGGCUGGAAGGUAUCCCUGUUGCCCAGCAACACUUGAUCUGGAAUAAUGUGGAGCUGGAUGAUGAGUACUGCCUGCAUGAUUACAACAUUGCAGAUGGGAGCACUCUGAAGCUCGUUCUGGCUAUGAGGGGAGGUCCCAUCAACACCAGAAGAGUUGCCGUGGACGACUCGGCGAAGGAGAUGGCGGAGUACAUGGAUGGGGGGCGGGACGAGGCUUGGGAGAAGGCCCCGCCCAACAAGCAGGUCACAUAUCUUGUGUACCGUGAGGGCGACCAGCUCAACUUCUUCCGGGUCGUAGACCGGGGCGACGGCACUCUGACCCCUGUGUCUGAAUCAGUGAGGGGAGGCUCGGUGUAUAACCUGUACACAGAGGAGGAGGACCUGGCUGAGUCUGGCUCGGGGCAGCAAGCCCUGGAGAACUCCAUCACCAUGAGCAAGAUGAAGCUACUGAAGGCCAAGAUGGAGGACAUGAACCUCAACAAAAAGCCCAAGAAGACUGCGAAGUUGAAACCCAGGCCUCCGGGCGGCCCUCGAACCUGCAACGGCUACCUGGCUCCCAACCGACACCACCGGCCCUUCCGGAUCCUUCCACAGAUCGGCCAGUCCCUACCUCCGGCCCGGGAGCCGAAAUUUGCUGUAGGCACCGCCCACCUCCCCUCGGGUCCCACCCCCGUCGGACAGACUCUGCCACGGGAGCCCAAGGGGGAGGGGCCAUGGGAGAGCCCCGCCCUCGGCAGAAUCCUGUCCCCUCCCAAAGUGUCCCGGCUGGAGGUGGGCGGGGCCAAGUCGCUGAAAGACCACCCCCUACCGCCUCUCUCCAUUCUGGCCAAUAGAGGCUUGCCUGACGGUGCUGCAGAAGAGCCAGGCCCCAAAGUAGGCAGAGCAUCUCUGAUGGAGGACUUGCUGCUGACCGACCCUCUUAAGGCUCUAUCGGUCAGCGAGCCAAGGCGUGACCCCGUGACCUUUGACCUGCCGUCCCCAGAGGCCGGUAGACGGGACUCGUUAGCAGCGGUUGCUGAGCAGCCGCCUGUCGUGUCGCGGUUGCCGCAGGCUUUGAGCUCAGACUGUAUGGACCCCUGGUCUGCGGGGGUCCCCUGUGUGGACUCGGCCACGGCGGAAACAGGGCUGCUUCGCGCCUCCCUGGACCUCCCCGCUGCCUCCAGCCCCGCUCCGCGCCGGCCCUACUGCUCCGCCAGUGCGCCGUGGCCCGCCUCCUCUCUCCCAGCCCCCGCCCCCACCCCGCCCUCCAGGUCUGCACGCUUCCGGACGCAGUCCCCCGACGCUCGGCCCGAGGGCCGGGACCUGGCCCUGACGACCCCCCAGGAGCCCCCCGGCGCGCGGGGCAGGGCGGGGCUGCUGGCCUCUCUCUCCCGGAGCAGGAGCAGGGAGGCCGGGCCGGGCCGACCCUGUGCCAGCAUCCACAUCAUCCAGGAGGACCUGCUGCUCGGGCCUGCGCCUCCCUUACUGUCUUCAAACAGAUCACCUGGGGGGCCGACCAGCUCUGUGAGGAGAGGAGAUGUAGCCAAAGACCUGGUGGUGGGCAACCCCACGUACCUCCUUCCUCCGGUGAAGGCUCCCGUCAGCUCGAGGAAGAAGAGUUCCAAACACUGUUACCUGUGCAGGAAGAAGACCGGCCUGGCUACCAGCUUCCAGUGCAGGUGCGGCAACAACUUCUGCGCCACACACCGCUAUGCAGAGACCCACGACUGCAGCUACGACUACAAAGGGGCCGGCCGCCGCCUCCUGCAGGAGAGCAACCCCAUCAUCACCGCACCAAAGCUGCCCAAAAUCUGAACCCCCGUCCCCAGAGAGGGGAACUUUAUCACCGCCGCGCGCUUUCUUCCUGGGCUGAAAACUGUUGAGAGGCCGAGAAAUGAUAAAAACAACAAAUGCAAAAAAUAAAUAUAGCACACUCUUGCCUGUUGAAAUAAUGUGAAUAAAACCUCAGAUCAUGCUGCAUUGAUCUGCUCUCUGAAGAAGCCCUGAAUGUACAGUGUAGUGAAAAAGUUUUUGCCUCCUUCCCCAUCUUCCGUAUUAACGCGUAUUUGUCACACUGAAUAGUUUCAGUGGCUUUAGACAAAAUUUUAUAUUAGAUGAGUGAACCAGAGUACAAGGAAACCAUUUUUCUUUUUUAUUAUUCAUUUAUUUAAAGGUUCCAUAUUGUGGAAAAGGUCAUUUCCUUUGCUAUGUGGAUUAUAAUGGAGUUGAAGGUGCUAUAAAAACUCAGUCCCCAAGGAAAUCCACACAAUCCGUAUCGAAACACACAGUCCCCAAAUAUAGCUACACAAUCCGUAUCAACACUGGACAAUGAACAUGUAAUACUGGAUAGAGAGAGUUUUUGACACUAGAAAGGUGUACAAUAUGGAACCUUUAAUAUAAAAAAGGUUAUCAAACGCUCAUAUCACCCAUGCAAAGUACUUGCCUAAAGAUAAUUUUGUUUAAAGAUCUGAAACCACUAAUAAAAAUGCAAUAAUAGAGGACAUUAGGGAGCCAAUAAUUUUUCACUCCACUGUGUACAGGGUUUUUUAUUUUUAUUUUUUUUAUUUUUUUUAGGACUGUAUUUGUGUGUGUGUGGGGGGUAAUUUGACAAAUGCAUGUAAUGCAGUAACUGUUUUCGUUUGUGUUUGUUUCUUAUGAAAAGGUCUGAAGAUCACUCUCCAUGGGACAAGUCUUUACAGGAUGCACUUUAAUAACAAGUAAUAUAUUUAAGUCUUGUCAAGUCUUGUGAUAUUUCUUGGGUGAACUGCUGGGGGGUUGUGAAAACUUGUUGGUUGCCAUAAUGAGAACAAAUCACUGUUUUGUAAUGCUACAUUGUUUUAUAAAAAGGAAAAAACAAAAACAGUUAGCUGUUCUGGAAAAAGAAUUCUGAUAAUAAAUACUCGUUUCUGUGAUUUAACACA